AUGACGGAUUGGGCCCACAACCUCAGAGAAGUCCCAGCGCCACCAACCGGGGAUCGUGCAACUGCGAAAGAACGGCGCCGUAGCUGCCGUUUUUGUCGCACUCGCAAACUACGUUGCUCGGGUACUAGCCAGUGCAGUGCGUGUAAGGAUCGACAGCUUGAAUGUGUUUACGACCAGGUCAUGGCUCCCAAGGGCCGACCCGAAGCCACCACGAUUGGCAAGGAAAGGGAAACCGACCAUCCCUGGCGAGCAGCCCCAGUCAGGUCCCAUUCCGACCCCUUGCUCGGUUAUCGCCCAUCAGAAAGUACUAGUGUCGCUGAUGCGCUCAACGAACUGGCUGCAGACCUUCAGGAACGCCGGCUUGGACUCCCACCGCUAGCCCUACCAAUGAGUCCUCCAAACGCAAUACUAGGGUAUCGAGAUCUCGUCAUGGUCCUCACCCAAGACCUCAUUGAUAUUCCCGUGAGGCGAGUGAGUAUUCUAGACCACCUUCCGUAUUUCCCGGACGACAAUCGCAUUGCUGGGAAUAAGUGGGACGCCUGCCCUCAGCGACUCAAUCCCUUCGAGCCGAUUCCUCUGUCCAGAUACGACAUCCACCGAACGACUCAGCUCAUUGACGUGUGGUUUGCUACGCACCCCUUGUCCAUGGGGCUGUCCAAGACACUAUUUCUCCGUUCUGUCCAUGAUAACUCGUGCAAUCCCCUUCUCCUUGCGAUCGUCCUCGGAGGUGCACAGCGGGAACUUGGUGAUGUAACAGCCUUGGAGGAAUGCCACGCCCUUCUCCAGUAG